CUAAGAGGUCCAAUCCAAGAGGAUUGACGGAAUAGUAAAACCCCAAAUUCCUUCGAAUUUUGCAAAACGCACAGCGCGAUACAACGACUUGCACUGUAAAAUUGAAUAAUUCUAAAACCGUUGAAGCUGUGACAAACUUAGCAUAGCUAAAAAAUAAAAAAGUAAAAAUAAAAAAUUCCCGGAAGUUACAUCAACAUUUCCGGAAACCGAGAUUUAUUACAGCCAAAAGUUUAGCAAAAAUUUGUUACCUUUUUUCUACUAAAAAAAGUAUUUUAUUUUAGAUUUUUAUAGUACUUUACAAUUUAUUUAGCAUUUUUAGUGGAAAAAAUUUUAUAUGUGAGUUCAUCCAAUGUAUUAAACAAUUUGUUGUCAUAAUGACGUCAUUUCGCCUUUGCAACAAUAAAAAUAUAGGAGGAUUUUAAAACGGUGAUAACAUUAUGCAGGAUCAUAAUGUUGUGUAAAUUUGGUGGCUUUAAAUUGCGGUUUUAAAGUUAUAGAGGAUGAUCUCCAAGCUCCCCUUUCCCACCACGGUUCCAGGAAACCCAAAAAAGCCCAUUCUGAAUGGGGUUAAAAAGACGCCAAACGAGCUAAUUAAAAAUGCAUGGAUGAAUUUAAGUCCACAACAAUAUGCUAAUCUCUUUAACUGUUUUAAUUUAUCGCAGAGAAAGUCCUCUUACAUUGCUUCAAAUCUCCUAGUUCAGUCGAUGACCUUCAUGGGAACAGGUAAGAUGGUGUCUGCCAUUGUUUUACAAUUAUCAAAUAAAUAAUUUAAAGGUGUUUUGACAGCUAGGCUUUGCUUUGUUAAUUAUGUUGUGUGACCACGAAGAAAGCUUUGUUACCAGUUUCGUAUCAUCAGAUAUAUAAACUGAGAAUGAAUUGCAAUUUAGAUCCAUAUAUAUAUAUAAAAUCAAAUUUAAGUAUAUAAAUAUUUUGGUGUUUUUAUUUAUUUUUUCAAUGAUUUAUUUUCUAUAGAUACGCAUAAGAAGGAAGCUAUUCGAGACAGGUUCCUUGGGGCUCUAAAGGCUACAGACUCGGUCACCGAGGAAGGCAAUCCUGCGAGGAAAAAAAGUUUCGCGAGGCACUUUAUCAGCGCCCUUUUUGCUCAAGAUGAGGAGGAGAAAAUUAACGGAAACGAUGCCUCUCCUUCUGUAAACGAGGCAGAGAUGGGAACAGUUUCCAAGGGCUUAGAGGUAAAUUCAUCUCCUUCUUCGGAAACAAGGACCCAAAAUGAUGACGAAGUGUUAAAUGAUGUCAAACAAUUACCACAAGAACGGAAAAUAAGCGUUCUCUUGAGCAUUGUUUACGGUCUGGUGGGGUUAGACACCGAUAGAGAUGGACAAGUAUCCGAGAAAGUCACCGUCGAAACGUCAGGGGAAUGUAAUGGAAAUAAAAGGCCCUUUUCGUGUACAGAGAUUCAAGUGCUAAAAAGCUCGAGUGGUUCUAACGGCUCCAGGAAAAGAGAAGCGGAAGACAAAUUUUCCCAUGCUUGCCCCAGUUCUCGGCUUGGUGUCGACAAUAAAGGACUUGAGUGCAGUGAAUCGGAAAUAUGUCCUAGCUUCCCAGAUCCUGAAACCACAAAUAUAAAUGUAGACGCACUAACUACAAGUAAUUGCAAAAGGCUGUCAGCUGUGUCAGACGAUCCUGAAUCUGCUCUGCCGCCUAAAACAAUAAGAGCCUGGCUCAAGGAUCCACGUCUUUAUAUGGUGAUUAUAGUCUUUAAAUUUUUUUACCCUUAAUUUCAUUUAGUAUGUGAAUUAGUUUUUGGUACUUUAUUUGCUUUUAUAUAAUGUUCGCUUAUUGCAAUGCGCAAGUGAUCGUAUAUCCAUGAAGCCUGGCAUGCGCAAGGUAGAUAUAUAUGCAAUUUUAUUUAUUUAUUUGUUUAUUUUACCCUAUUGUAUAUUCAAGGCACAAAGCAUUGUUUGGAAAUUUUAAAUCAUCUUCAGUAACUGGUUAUUUCAUUUUUUCAUACAUUAAGGUUGCAAUCAUAUUCACUUGUACAAAAGUCUUACAAGACGUUGCCUAUGCGUACCUGCCACUGUUUCUUAUUUACAGAGUUGACUUUGGAAAGGUGAGUGUACAUAUGUUAAUGUGUUUUUCUUCAGGACUCACAGGCCAUCACUAUUUUGUGGCCCUGUGUCUUUUUAUGCAAUCUCUGUGGAAAAUAUCCAUGUCAUGUUGACUAUAUUAAAGUGCUAUACGUUUUAAUGGUUUAAUCCUUAUUAUAUUAUUCUUAUUAUGAGUGCAUUGGCGGGUACAUUAUUACCUAGUAAUCAAUAAUAGUGCUGCAAGCAUUUGGUUAAAACGCCGAAGUACUUAAUAUGCCUGGCCUGCCUUGCGGAACGGAAGGCCCCGAGUUCGAUUCCCAGCUGUAACCUCAAAUCCUUUUUUCGACUUCUUCCCUUUUUAAUUUCCGUGUCGCUUUAGAGGCUGUAAAUAGCCAGCAAAACGGAGCACCGGUGGAGGGAAGGAAGGCGAAGUAAGCGCACGGGCGGACUUGUCUCAGGUUUCAAGCCACCGGCGUAAGAUAAGAAAUCUGAUUGUCAAAAUUAGCUGCAGUAGGACAAUCUUUAUGUUAUCGAUCAUUCACGUUGCCUUUUCAGGAUGCGAUUGCAUAUCUGCCACUUGUGAUGUUGAUCAGCGCUACAGUGUCCUCAGGAAUCUCAAAGAAACUUGUUAAAAUAAUAGGAAACAAGGUUAGACCAGUCCUCCGUAUCAAUGUGUUUUACUGCUAAAAAAAAUAGAAAUCAAUAGAGGUUGGGAUAUGUAUGUAAAAUGGGAAGGGGUCCAGGGGGAGGAAACGCGUGGAGGCGGGGGGGGACGGGAGGGGGGCAGGGUUAAGGAGAGCACUUUUCCUAGAACCGGAAUGAGGAGGGGGGGGGGGGGAGGCUUCUGUGGAAAAAUGGUACCCUUUUCAUAUAUCUAGUUUAGAACACUGCAUUUCCAUUAUCUGCUGCAAAUGCACCGUCUUCUUAAAUAAACCAGGAAGUUCCUAGUCUUUCACAGCCAUGAGACGCGUCAGUGAGCUUUUAUAGGUCCUUAGUUUAGAAACUGAAAUGACAGAUUGCCCUACCCUUUCAUAUACAACAACUUGUAAAAUCCCUACCCUUUCAUUACAGUGCCGGAUCCAGACAGAAGAGAUAAGAGGGAGCCGGGAGGAGGGAACUGGGGGGGCUGUCAUCCAGAUUCUUAGAAAAGGGGAAAAGGGGGGACCCGGUCAACAAAAAAAUUUUUUUCGGCCCUUUGCACCUUAGUUUGGUCUAAAAAUAGGACGGUGGGGGGGAGUGGGGGGCUCUCCAGGAUCCGCCUUUGCAGCUACUGCUUUGACCCGAAAUCUUCUCGUAUAGACUAUUAGAGGGAGUUUCCCCGGGUUCCUAGAUUGUUGGCACAAUAUCGCAACAACACUUUACGAGCCUAAAAGCACUCGACCCUCGUCAUCAUGUACAGGCACGUGGAAAACACUUACUCUUCGUAAGAAGUACCUGUGUGUCCUGUCCUUUGCCACGUCGGAAUCGCGUUGUUAAAAAUUCCCUUGUGUUGACACAACGCACUAAUGCGCAAUAUUUUUUUUCCUUUAAUAUGGACAAGAAGCCUUCUAUGUUUCGACAUAAUGCCAUCCUUAACCAAGAGAAAAUAAUUAGAGAGGGAGUCUAGUAGAGACCUUGGCGGGGAUACCUUAAUUUCGAAAGAGUUAUUUUUAGUAAUUAUAUGCGGACCAUGCGAAACAAUCCGUUGAUCUCGUUGAUGUCAAUAAGACUCGCUUUCAUAAAACAGAACGCUCAAGCGAGGCGGAGACAACAAAUGGAGAAAAUGGUGGCCUAUGAUCUCUGGCUUUAACAUAUAAACGGAGAUGUAUAUCUCUGUUGUGCAGAGUUUUUAUUUGUUAUCAUAACGACAGUCCCUUAAAUAAGAAGGGGGUAGUUUAACUUACUAUUAAUUGAUUUUCUUUCUCCUCAGAAUUUGCUUACUCUAUCUGCCUUAUUCGUGAUCGGAGCUGGUGUAUGGUUUUAUUUCAUAACCCAGUCCAACAAAGUGAUGACGUAUCCUGCAGUUGUUUUGUUAGGAUCUGGGUUUUCCAUAAUGUUUGUUACUGCCCUUAGCUUUGCAGCAGAACUUAUUGGGGACAACAAGGUGAGCUUAUCACGUGCCUCAACAUUAUAACGCCAAAGUUACAAGUUCAAAUAGAGCCUACUUAGUAAUGCUUCCAUCAGACUAUAGCUGUUUUAAAAAACGCGGAUAGUGCUAUCCACCGAAUAAAUCUCUAUCCCCUGGUUUAAGUGCAAUAGGCCAUUUCCGAGUUCCAAAAAAUCUCAGUUUCAAAACGAGGCUAAGUGCGAAACCUUUGUUGUGAAAAUGAGUUUUAUUUGCAUCAUAAUUAAAAAUCAUUUCAUAUCGAUAGCUUCGCACUUAGCCUCGCUUUGAAACUGAGAUUUUUGGAACUCGGAAAUGGCCUUUUGGUUUUCCUAAUAAAUGUGGCCAAAAAAUAAACUACCAUUCAGUAGGUAGGCUCAAAGUUUUUCAAAAGGUGGAGAGUGCUUAAUUCCACCGAAUAAAUCUCUAUCCAGUGGAUAACGCAAUUGGUUUCCCUAAUACUUCUCUGCUUGAUAGCGAUUUAUCCAGUGGAUAGCGUUAUCCAGCGUUUGAACAACCGGGGCUUAGUACCUAAGAGUCGACCAUUCAAACGGCGUAAUAAAUAGUAUUGUAAAGUGACGUGCUAUAAAUACAUUCGACACCCGAUGAUUCGAACCUCGCGCUAACUCGAACCAAAAUCGAUUUGAGGAACGUCAGAUUUAGGUUCUUAAGUUGUGAAUUCCAAGAAAAUUUUCAGCGCCUGUCCUUCGCUUUAUCAGCAAAUUUUUGGAUGUCUGAAUUUCAUUUAAAAAACCUCUUUUUAGGUCUUCACAUUACUACUUGAGAAAUUUUGAAUUUGCAGGGCACAUCUGGCGUCGUGUUUGCUUUUAUGGGUUUGAUGGCAAGUGUGACUGGAGGUUCAUUGUUCGGUAUUAUUCAGAAACUAUUCCCCCAAGAAAGGUAACUUAAUAUUAAAAAAGCUAUUAAUUAGUAAUAAUAUAACCAAUAAUAUAAGUGUGGGUGAUAACGGUCCAAGGUCAAAACGCUCUUGAUCCCAACCCCAAACGCGCUUGAUCGGCUUGCGUUCUGUGCAUUACAUUCAUUCUUUGUGGAAGUUCAAACGAAGAAGCUGACUACACAGGUGCCGUACACGUGUUAUAGCAACCGGGAGAUUUAGGAUUGAAGGUUCCUCUUGUCGCCCUCCUUGGUAUUGCGCUGCGCAACCUUACUGUGUAUAAUUUCAUGCGUAAUAGACCCCUUUAGCUUGUUUGUUUUGUUUACCCAAUAGAGGUCCCAAGGGAACUUCACCCUUGGUCUUUUCAUAAUUUAUGCCUACAUAUGCACGCGUGAAUAAGACGAAAAAAAAAUUCUCUGGUAGAGUAUUACCACUUGACCUGUAUUGGAAAAACAAAAAAUACCAGCUAAGGAGAUCUAUUAGCGCGCGCAAACUAAAACAUGGCAGCUUCUGCCUCAAGCUGGAGCUUUUGUGUUUUUUUUAUUUUGUUUUGUUUUUGUUUUUUUUUUUCACAGCUACAAAAUGCAUCUGUUAGCCCUUCUGGAUCUUUAUACAGACCGAAAUGUCAGAUUUCCCUUCCGAUGUACUUCAGCUAGUAAGAUCCCCACCCUUCCAUUCGGACGGAGCCUUCCCGUAUAGUUUACCCACCCCCACCCCCUGUACAAUUAUUUCCUUACCAAGUAUGACUAAGAGAAAGCAGAGAUUAAGUUUUUUGUCGAUAUACGAUACAAGCAAGCAGUUGGUUUUCGGCAUUUUCAUUUCAGCAACUCUGAAGACUGUAAAGACUGUGGGGAUUAUGUCCGUCACGUUUUUUCAUUCGUACCAGGAAUUCUCGCUGCCAUCUGUGUUCUAACUGUUCUCCUGCUUCAAGUUUCACAAACAGUAAAGAAUCAAAAUGGUGAGUGUCAGGUCUGU